AUGUAUACAAGCCGGGUGCAGGGGAUUUGGAAGUACUUGGCGAAGGGGAGCAUGUUGCGGAUUGGGGAUGUCUCGGAAUGUCGAAUGUGCGGGGGCGCGGAGGGCUGCAGCGUGGAACUGUUGCAGCUCCAACUGUCACAGGCGCUGGCCGAGAUUGAAGACAUUAAGACAGUCGCCACGGUCUCGGAGACGACCAAGCAAGAAGCCAUCGACCAGAUCAGGCAGCAAUGUCAGCAGGAGGUGGCGUCCCUACAGACCAUCAUGAAGGAGUCGCUCAGCAGCUACGAAGAGCGGCUGAAGGCCGCGGAGAAGGAGCGAGUGCAGUGGAAGCACUACCAGGACUCGAAGGAGAGGGAGAUCGCCCGGCUCCGGUGCCAGCUCUCCGGGAACGCGGCCCAGGAAAACCUGGAGAUCGACAUGAGGAAGGCACAGGAAGAUGCGGACAGACUGCGAUCAAUUGUGAUGCCAAUGGAGCAGGAGAUUGCCUCCCUGAAGCAGAAGCUGGCAAGAGCUGAGGAACAGCUCUUCUCCGAUCCCCUGGGUCCUCGCUGGGAGACGGAUAACUCGUGGAAGGGAGAGGCGGCACCUCCCCGAGGGAGAUCUCCGAGGGAGUGGCUCUUGGAGGAGAAGGAGCUGCCGUCGGAGAGGCAGGCCGGGGCCGACACUUUCGCGAGGAACUGUGCUGCGUACGGAGUGGGCUCAGGGCCCGCUCGCUGCCUCCCGCCCGGGAAGGAAGAUACGGCCUCAUUGCACUCCACCGGUACCCUGGUCCCCGAGUCCAUCUACCUCCCCCCUCCCGGCCACCAGCUCCUCCUCGAGGCCGAGUGGAACGAGUUACAGCAGGAGAUGAAGCACUACCAGGUGACCUCACAUCAGACACGGGAAAGGCUGGAGAGAGAAAUGACUGUUCGCCAGAAACUCGAGGAGGCGCUGAGACGGAGCAGUGAGGAUUGCAGCCAGGAGCUGUCGAUCCUGAAGGAGAAGAUUGAUGUUUCAACGCUGGAAGUUGAGAGAAUUAAGGAACAAUUUGCUGAGGCUCAGCAGCGAACUCAGAAACAAAUGGCUGAGCUCAUGAGCUCACACAAGGAGCUGUGUCAGAAAAACAGACUGCUCCACAAGGAGAACGAGGCCCUGAGGGCCCUCCACGCCACGCUCCAGGGCAAGGCUGGGCACAGCCAGGGACACCAGACGUGGCCAUCGCAGAACGUGGACUCACGUCAGGCACAGGCUGAUCAUCUCCCUCAGGCUGGGGAAGAGCAGUCUCUGGACGAUGCUUACAAUGAGGUCCUGAAUAGGCUUCAGGAGAAAACAGCUGAGGUGGAAACACUACAGAGGCAGAGACAAGAAAUGCAGCAAGAAACGGGACAGGAGGCCAUUUAG